CUGCGCCAAAAUAGGCACGUCAGCUAUCUGGCAUCAUGAGGUACCGGAGAAGAAAGAAAAAAUACGUCUAGUCAACCGCCCACCGCAGGAGACUGGGGGAUGUUCCACCAUCCUGGAUUUACAACCAUUUCAGGGAUAUUUGAGCACAAAGAAGACUUUUUUGGGUGGGAUUUCUAAACACUGAUAUUGGAGUAGGCUAUCAUCCGGAAAUCUUGACGGCCAACUGACGUUUUAGCCCACAUGAUUCAGCGCCCGUUUUACCUGAGUGGCUGAAGACCCAAGGAACAAACAAUGGAUCAAAACUUGUUUGGAGGAGUCCCCAGGUUUCUCACCCGCCCAAAGGCAUUCUCGGUGUGUGUAGGCAAGGAUGCCACACUGAGCUGCACUAUCGUGGGCAGCCCAACCCCACUGAUCACCUGGGAAAAGGACAAGCUGAAGCUGACAUCUGGGGGACGCUUCAAGACCGUGGAGGAUGAAGAUGUGUACCGCCUGACCAUCUAUGACAUAACACUGGAGGACAGUGGCCAGUACAUGUGCCGAGCCAAAAACAGUGUUGGGGAAGCUUAUGCUGCCGUAACCCUCAAAGUAGCCCUGCCAACAGAGAUGGCUCAGAGGGCCCCUGUUUUCAUGGUUAAGCCUACCUCUACACGUGUAGGUUUGGGAGCCGAUGUUGUUUUCCACUGCCGGGUCGCAGCUUACCCUGAAGCCAACUUUGAUUGGGAGAAAGAUGGCCGCUACUUGGGGGAGACUAACCGUAUCAAGAUUGUUUCCGACAGUGACAGCAGCACUUUAAAGAUCCAAAGUGUGCGUAACCUGGACAGCGGCACCUACACCUGCAGGUCCCAGAACACUGUUGGCCGUGCACACGCUGCAGCAGCUCUUGUUGUCGAUGCCCAAGAUUCCCGCCACCUGGCUACAGACAAGAACACCUCCCUCCUUUCUCACCUACAAAAACGCAAAGAGGAAAUGAAGAAGGACAUCUCUAUCUAUCACAGUGAAGAAAGUAGCUCCUCUGUUUCUUCCUCCUCCACAGCCCACAUCAGAGAUGGUUUGAGUUCCCUGAGUCUGGAACAUGAGCUGAGGGCAUCCGUGCUGGCAAAGCUGCCCAAAGGUGUGUUCACCCGUACCUGUACAGUAACUGAAGGCAAACAUGCCAAACUCAGCUGCUUUGUGACGGGUCACCCUAAACCCCACAUUAUCUGGAGGAAGGAUGGAACAAACAUCAGCGAGGGCCGCAGGCAUGUCAUUUAUGAGGACCAAGCUGAGAACUUCAUCCUCAAGAUCCUGUACUGCAAGCAGAGUGAUAAUGGUCUUUACACCUGCAAUGCAACCAAUAUGGCUGGGCAGACCUACAGUGCUGUGUUGGUAACAGUCAAAGAGCCGAAGGUGCCAUUCAGGAGGAAGCUGCAGGACGUGGAGGUACAGGAGAAAACGUCAGCCAGACUGAUGUGUGAGGUGCCUCUUAGUGCCACCCAGGCCAACUGGUUCAUGGAGGAAACGCGGCUGGAGCAAAGUAUCAAAUAUUGCAUGGAGCAGGAAGGCACCCUGCGUUGUCUUACCAUACACAAUGUUACCACCAACGAUGAUGGUGUUUAUAUCUGUGAGAUGAAAGAGGGCAGUCGCACUGUAGCUGAGCUCACCGUCCUGGGCAACAUUACUAAGAAGCUUCCACGGAGGACAAUAGUUCCUGUCAGUGACACUGUCAUCUUCUGUGUGGAGCUGGAGCAUCCCUGCCCGGAUGCCUACUGGACCCGCAAUGGCGAGAAGCUAAAGGAAGAUUCCCGUAUUUCUAUUGCCUGCAUGCUCAGACAGUACACACUCACAAUUAGAGAUUGCCAGGCAGAAGACUCAGGAGAAGUGGCCUUUGUGGCUGGAGACUGCAAGACGUCCACUCGAUUCUCUGUCACUGCUGCAAGGAAGCAUCCUCCCGAUCCCCCAGUCAAUGCUGUGGUGCAGAACAAGACUGACUCAUCCAUCACCAUUCAGUGGUCUCCUCCUGAUAGCGAUCGCCCUGUGCCCAUCAAGGGCUACAUUGUGGAGAGGAGGAAGGUUGGCACUCAGACAUGGCAGAGGUGCAAUGCUGGAGAAAACAUUGUUUCAACAGAGAUUGCUAUCUGCAAUUUCACAGAAGAAGCCAGCUACCAAUUCCGUAUCUCUGCUAUGAAUGACUUUGGCCAGAGUCCCUACCUGGAGGUGCCUGGAAGCUUCUACCUAGAACCAAUUGCUGAAAUCAGGAAAGGCCUGAUGAACAGCACUGCAAUCACUGGUGAGGAGUUCUCUAUCUCUGUCGAGCUGUCUGCUGUUUGUUCUGGCUUCUGGUCUCUAAAUGGCCGCCUCCUGCGCAGUGGAGCUGACUACCUCAUCACCAGGUCCAAGAACACACACACUCUGCUCAUCCGCGUCGUGACUAUGGAAAUGAACGGAGCUGAAGUCAAGUUUGUGGGUGGAGGCUCGCAAAGCACUUGCAUCCUAUCUGUGAAGGUUCCUCCUGUUAGGUUUACUAACAAGUCAGAUCUGCAGGAGGUGAUGACCUGUAGCGCCCAAGCCACUGCUCAGCUGACUGCUGAGGUGUCGGAUUAUGAUGCACAGGUGGUUUGGAUGAGGAAUGGGCGGGAGGUGAAAAUGGGAAAGAAGUAUGAAUAUGUAAUCAUCGACCGCAAGAGGAUCCUGAUGGUACACAAUGUUACAGAGGAAGAUGUGGGCAUCUACGAGUGUCUUUUAGCUGAUGACAGAAUGUCCCUGCAACUCACCCUUAAAGAUGAACCUGCCAAGUUUCUGAAUAAAGCCAGAGGUCCAAUGGGCUUGUCAUCGUCCCUUAAAGGAGAUCUUGAGCUGAGCUGUGAGGUAUCUCCUGCCAGCGCGGCUGUUGUGUGGAGAAAAGAUCAAGUGGAGAUCACUGAGGACCAAAGAGUUACCAUCAUCUCCAAAGGGACUCAAAGGAAGCUCAUCAUCAAGAAUGCCAAGAAAAGUGACGAAGGACAUUACUCCUGUGAGACAGCAGCAGACAAAAUCACAUUCCAGGUCAAGAUAAAAGAAACUCAAGCCGUUGCUGCCUUCACCAACAAGGAGUCGGUCCAGAAGGAGGUGAAAGCUACUCUCUCCCAGAAAGCCACUCUUAGCUGCAGUGUUUCGGAUAGCAAGACAGAGGUGAAAUGGUAUAAAGACGGCAAGUUGUUGGUACCCAGUAGGACGAUAUACUCAGAGGCAAAAGGCAGUACUCGUCAGCUGGUGAUUGAAAAGGUGGAGAAGAGCGAUGCUGGAGAGUAUACAUGUGAAGCAGGAGGGGAUAAGCUGGUCUUCCAAAUAUUUGUGUCAGCCUCAGAGGCCCAGUCAGCAUUCUUCAAUAAGGAGUCAGUCCAGAAGGAGGUGAAAGCUACUCUCUCCCAGAAAGCCACUCUGAGCUGUGAGGUAGCUGAUACCAAGACAGAGGUGAAAUGGUACAAGGAUGGCAAGCUGCUGACUUCCAGCAAGACAAUCCAUGCAGAGUCGAAAGGCAAGAGUCGCCAGCUGGUGAUCGACAGCGUGGAGAAGAGGGAUGCUGGAGAGUACAUCUGUGAGGCUGGGACUGAGAAGUUGGCCUUCAAACUCCAUGUGGCAGACGCACAGGUCCAGCCUGCAUUCACUAACAAGGAGUCAGUCCAGAAGGAGGUGAAAGCCACGCUCUCCCAGAAAGCCACUCUGAGCUGUGAGGUAGCUGAUACCAAGACAGAGGUGAAAUGGUACAAGGAUGGCAAGCUGCUGACUUCCAGCAAGACAAUCCAUGCAGAGUCGAAAGGCAAGAGUCGCCAGCUGGUGAUCGACAGCGUGGAGAAGAGGGAUGCUGGAGAGUACAUCUGUGAGGCUGGGACUGAGAAGUUGGCUUUUAAGAUACAGGUGGCAGAGGCCCAGUCAGCCUUCAAGAAGGAGUCAGUCCAGAAGGAGGUGAAAGCUACUCUCUCCCAGAAAGCCACUCUGAGCUGGGAGGUUUCUGAUUCCAAGACAGAGGUGAAAUGGUACAAGGAUGGCAAGCUGCUGACCACCAGCAAGACAAUACAUGCAGAGUCAAAGGGUAAAAGUCGCCAGCUGGUGAUCGAUAGUGUGGAGAAGAGAGAUACUGGAGAGUACAUCUGUGAGGCUGGGACUGAGAAGUUGGCCUUCAAACUCCAGGUGGCAGACGCACAGGUCCAGCCUGCAUUCACUAACAAGGAGUCAGUCCAGAAGGAGGUGAAAGCCACUCUCUCCCAGAAAGCCACUCUGAGCUGUGAGGUAGCUGAUACCAAGACAGAGGUGAAAUGGUACAAAGAUGGCAAGCUGCUGACUUCCAGCAAGACAAUCCAUGCAGAGUCGAAAGGCAAGAGUCGCCAACUGGUGAUUGACAGUGUGGAGAAGAGGGAUGCUGGAGAGUACAUCUGUGAGGCUGGGACUGAGAAGUUGGUCUUUAAAAUACACGUGGAAGUUGCUUCUACAGAAGUCCAGGCUAAAUCCGCUUUCCUCAACAAAGAGUCUGUACAGAGGGAAGUGAAAGCCACUCUCUCCCAGAAAGCCACUCUGAGCUGUGAGGUAGUUGAUAACAAGACAGAGGUGAAAUGGUACAAGGAUGGCAAGCUGCUGACCACCAGCAGAGCAGUCCACAUGGAAUCAAAGGGCAAAAUUCGUCAACUGGUGAUCGACAGCGUAGAGAAGAAAGAUGCUGGAGAGUAUAUCUGUGAAGUCGGACCUGAAAAAUUGGCAUUUAAAGUCCAGGUGACAGAGAUCCAACUCAAGUCAGCCUUCUCCAACAAGGAGUCAGUCCAGAAGGAGGUGAAAGCCACUCUCUCCCAGAAAGCCACUCUGAGCUGUGAGGUAGCUGAUACCAAGACAGAGGUGAAAUGGUACAAGGAUGGCAAGCUGCUGACUUCCAGCAAGACAAUCCAUGCAGAGUCGAAAGGCAAGAGUCGCCAGCUGGUGAUCGACAGCGUGGAGAAGAGGGAUGCUGGAGAGUACAUCUGUGAGGCUGGGACUGAGAAGUUGGCUUUUAAGAUACAGGUGGCAGAAGCCCCAGCUGGCUUCUCUAACAAGGAGUCUGUACAGAAGGAGGUGAAAGCUACUCUCUCACAGAAAGCCACCCUGAGCUGUGAGGUGUCUGAUUCCAAGACAGAGGUGAAAUGGUACAAGGAUGGCAAGCUGCUGACUUCCAGCAAAGCAGUCCACAUGGAGACAAAGGGCAAGAGUCGUGAGCUGGUGAUAGAAAAAAUGGAGAAGAGAGAUGCUGGAGAGUACACAUGUGAGGCUGGGACUGAGAAGCUGGUAUUUAAGCUGCAGCUGAUAGAUGCAGCUGUCAAGUUUCAGAAGAAGGCUGUCAAGGAUACAUGUAUUGUUCAAGCAAGUGAAAACAUUGUUUUGACCACUGAGCUUACCACAGAGAGUGGUAGUGUGAAGUGGUUUAGAGAUGGUGUGGAACUCAAGGAGGGCAGCAAGUAUGAAAUGAAAAAAGAUGGCCUUUCUCAUACCAUGAUAGUAAAAUCCACUGAAUCCAAAGACAGUGGAUCAUACUCCUGUCAAACUGCUGAUGACAAACUGGAGUUCAAAGUUCAAGUUAAAGAUUCAGCUUUAAAGUUUGUUGUCCCUUUGAAACCUGCUACAGUGGAGUUGGGAGGUACACUUAGCCUGGUGUGUGAACUAAAUCAAGCCUCAGGGGAUGUUGUCUGGCAGCAUGAUAGUCGUGAGAUUAAACCUGGAGGAAGGUACUGUGUCAAGACAGAUGGUGCUAAGCGAGUUCUCACUGUGACUGGCAUGACUAAAGAAGAUGAAGGAGAAUACAGCUGUGAAUGUAGAAAUGUCAAGACCUCUGCUAAAGUCUCCUCAAAGGCACCCAGACUAGUGAGGCUGACCACCAAACUGAACAAUGUGGCUGCAAUGGAGGGUAAAGAUGCCAUUUUCAAGUGUGCUGUCAGCCCAGUGGACGUCAACGUUAAAUGGUUCCACAACAGUAUACCCAUCACUGCUGGGCUGAAGUAUAAGAUUGAGCAUGGUGGCAGCAGUCACUCACUCACCAUUACCUCUGUCACCCAAAAAGAUGCCGGAGAGAUUAGUGUCGACGCAGAAGGCAAAAGCUGCAAAGCUACCCUGCAAGUGCAACAUGAGCCUGUGACUUUUAAGAAAAAGCUAGAAAACCUGACAGUGGAGGAGCAGAGUGAAGUGAAGCUGGAGGUGGAGCUCAGUAAGCCAUCAGAUGAAGUGAGGUGGAUGAAGAACAGCGUAGUGCUGCAGCCUGCAGGAAACCUGGAGAUUCGGGUAGACGGCGCUAAGCAGGCUCUGGUCUUCAAGAGUGUGACUUAUGCUGACCGGGGCAUCUACUCCUGUGAAACUCUGGAUGACAAAACCCAGGCCAAACUCAAUGUGGAGAUGAAGAAGAUCCAGGUAAUAAAGGGCCUAACAGAAACCAAGGCGCAUGAGACAGAGACAGUAACUCUUGAGGUAGAACUCAGCCAGGCUGAUGUUGAAGGCUCCUGGACCAGGGAUGGGGCCAAGUUAAAGCCAGGGGCGAACUGCCGUAUCACAGCUCUGGGAAAGAAGCAUGCCUUAACGUUGUCCAAUCUCAAGAGGGAAGAUGCAGGAACUAUUGCCUUCCAAGCAGAGGGAGUACAUAUCUCUGGCAAACUGAUUGUCACAGAACCUCCUGCUAUGAUCUCCAAGCCCAUUAUGGAUAUCAGUGUUCCUGAGAAGGAGAAGGCUACUUUUGAAUGUGAAGUGUCCAGAACAAAUGCAGAUGUUAAAUGGUUCAAGAAUGAUGUGGAACUGAAACCAGGGAAGAACUUUGGCAUCCAUUCCUUGGGUCGAAAGCGCACUUUGGUCAUCAACAAGUGCACCCCUGAAGAUGCAGGCACUUACAUCUGUCGCACUACAGAUGAUAACACCUCUGCCAAGCUUACUGUUCAUGCCAGAGAUGUUAAGAUUGUUAAGAAGCUGGAGGAUGUAGAGGUGAUGGAGAAGGAGAGUGCUGCAUUCGUCUGUGAAAUCUCACACGAUGAAGUGGACUACCAGUGGUACAAAGGAAGUAUCAAACUCAAAGUUGGUGACAACAUCAAGAUGAGACAAGAGGGCAGAACCUAUGUACUGCUGUUUAAGUCUGUUACCCCAGAAGAAAUGGGUGAGAUUAAAUUCACAGCUGAGAAGGCCUCUUCAACUGCAAAACUUAAAGUGAAAGAGCUGCCUGUCAAGUUUGUGAAGAGACUCAGGGAUAAGAUAGCGAUGUAUAAGCAUCGUGGCCAUCUUGAAUGCCAAGUGUCACGUGCCAGUGCAAAGGUGAAGUGGUACAAGAACAAGACGGAAAUCAAACCUGGCAAGAAGUACGAGAUCAAAAGUGAAGAUGUGUACCGAAAACUCACCAUUAACGAUGUGGAGUCCGGGGACGAAGACACAUAUACCUGUGAUGCCACUGAUGACAAGACUUCCUGUAAACUACUUGUGGAAGAGCAGUCCAUCAGCAUAGUGCGGGAGCUUAGUUCAGUUGAAGUGACAGAACCCUUUGCAGCUGUUUUUGAAGUUGAAAUCAGUAUGGAACUGGUGAAACCUCCUAUAUGGACUCUGAAUGGAGUUGCUGUGCAGGAGAGCGCUGAUGCUGAAAUGGAGAAAGAGGGCACUAUGCACCGUCUCACUUUCAAAAAGACCAAAGCAUCGAUGACAGGACCUGUGCAGUUCACAGCUGGGAAGAGCAAAUCUUUAGCCCAGCUCACAGUCAAAGAGCGUCCUCUUGAGAUUACAGAGCCCAUCAAAAAUGUGAAGGCGAAAGAGAAAAGCUCAGCCAUUCUCACCUGCAAAUUCUCUGCCUCACCCAAAGAAGUUAAUUGGUUCAAAGGUCAGGUACCUCUGGCAGCAUCAGACAAGUAUAACAUUAAGCAAGAUGCUACAAGGGCUCAACUUACCAUUCAAAGGUUGACUGAGGAAGACAGUGGAGAGUACUGCUGUCAGUCUGGACCUGCUGAGACCAAAGGCUCACUUACUGUUGAAGUGCGUGAAAUCAAGAUCACCAAGCACAUGGCUGACACAGAGGUUGAUGAAGACAACGAUGCAGUGUUCACAUGUGAGAUUAACUAUGCAGAUGAAGAGGUACAAUGGCUUCUGAAUGACAAGGUGCUCUUCACUAAUGAAGUCAACACCAUCACUCAUGAAGGGAAGGUUCACAAGCUCACACUGAAGAACUUGGCACCUCAGGAUGGGGGGACUAUCACCUUACAAGUCCGCAAGGUGAAAGAGUCUGUGACACUUAAGGUCAAAGAGAAGCGUGCUGUGUUCCUCAAGUCUCUAGAUGAUGUCAUUGGAGAGGAGAAAGGCAUGAUAACUCUGGCGUGUGAGGCAUCCAAGCCCAGGGUUUCUCCCACAUGGAGAAAAGAAGGUAAAGUCUUGAAGGCUGGACCAAAGUAUGAGCUCCUUCACACAGGCAAGUCUUUGGGACUGAUCAUCAAGGAUGUCACCAAAGAAGAUGCUGGACAGUAUACUUGUGAUCUUGGCACUGAGGUUUCUAAAGCAAAGAUCACUGUAAGAGAGAUUGGCAUUGGAAUUACCAAAUGGCUGAAGUCAGCUGAGGUGAAUGAGGGCGAGACAUGUAGCUUUGAGUGCAUCUUAUCUCGUGAGAGCACAGACGAGUGUUCCUGGACUCUUAAUGGUCAAACUAUUACAAAUGGAGGCCGCUUCAAAGUCACCAGUAAAGGACGCAAGUACAUGCUAACCAUCAAGGAUGUUGCUCCUGCUGAUGCCGGAGAGGUGGUCUUCAACAUUAAAGACCUGAGCUCCAAAACAACAUUAACAGUUGAAGGCAAAGCAUCCUCUGUGUCGAGAGGACUACAGACUGUCAGUGCUGUUCAAGGGGAAGAUGCUGUAUUUACCUGUGAGGUAACACAGGCUAGAUCCACUGUAAAGUGGGCCAAGGAAGGCAAAGUCAUCAAAAAGAGCCAGAAGUUUGACAUUAGCCAAGAGGAUAAGGUCAUGAAGCUGACCAUUCAUAAUGUCUCUGCUCAAGACUCUGGAGAGUACAGCUGUGAAGUUGUUGGAGGUGCAACCACCAAAGCCAAGCUGGAAAUCAAGGAGCCAAUCCAUAAAUUCACUAAAGCGCUGAGGGACAGCCAAACAGAGGAGAAGAGCUCCGUGACCUUGCAAUGUGAGACUGCACAAACUCCAUCCACUGUAAUAUGGCUUAAAGGUCACACAGAGCUCAAGGCUGGAGGUCGAUAUGAGAUGUCCCAGAAGGAGGGGGUCUUAACUCUCACCAUCAAACACCUGGAGGAGAAAGACACUGAUAUCUACACUUGUGACGUGGGCACUGCCAAGAGCAUGGCAAAGGUGACAGUCAAUGCCCUGCCCGCCAGUUUUAAAGAGAAGCUCACCAACCAGGAGAUACAGCAAGAUGAGACUGUGACACUUUGCUGCAAGUUAUCAAAAUCUGUAGCCGAUGUUCAGUGGAAGAAAGGCUCUGAAAUUCUCAGAGCUGGAGAGAAGUAUGAGAUGAAGCUGGAGGAGACCUCUUGUGAGCUUCAGAUUAAGAAUUUGAAGGUUGAAGAUAGUGGAGAGUAUUCUUGUGUGUGUGGAGACCAGAAGACAUCUGCAACUGUGAAAGUCAAGGCAUUGCCACCAACCUUCAAACAGAAGCUGGAGAGCCAGGAGGCUGAGGAGGGAGCCAACGUUACUCUGCACUGUGAGCUCUCUAAACCUGGAGUCCCAGUGGAGUGGAGGAAGGGAACACAGGUCCUGAAGUCUGGAGAAAAGUACCAGAUGAAGCAGAAGGCCUCUGUGAAUGAACUCCUGAUCAACAAAGUGUUGCCAGAAGACAGCGGAGACUACAGCUGUGUGUGUGGAGACCAGAAGACCACAGCCAGCCUCAAGAUCCAGGCCCAACCAGUGACCUUCAAACAGAAGCUGGAGAGCCAGGAGGCUGAGGAGGGAGCCAACGUUACUCUGCACUGUGAGCUCUCUAAACCUGGAGUCCCAGUGGAGUGGAAGAAGGGAACACAGGUCCUGAAGUCUGGAGAAAAGUACCAGAUGAAGCAGAAGGCCUCUGUGAGUGAACUCCUGAUCAACAAAGUGUUGCCAGAAGACAGCGGAGACUACAGCUGUGUGUGUGGAGACCAGAAGACCACAGCCAGCCUCAACAUUAAGGCCCAACCAGUGACCUUCAAACAGAAGCUGGAGAGCCAGGAGGCUGAGGAGGGAGCCAACGUUACUCUGCACUGUGAGCUCUCUAAACCUGGAGUCCCAGUGGAGUGGAGGAAGGGAACACAGGUCCUGAAGUCUGGAGAAAAGUACCAGAUGAAGCAGAAGGCCUCUGUGAGUGAACUCCUGAUCAACAAAGUGUUGCCAGAAGACAGCGGAGACUACAGCUGUGUGUGUGGAGACCAGAAGACCACAGCCAGCCUCAAGAUCCAGGCUGUGAAGCUGUCAGCUCCUCCUUCAACUACUAAACUGGAAUCUAAGAGGCAGGAGACCAAAGAAACAAUGGAAGCCAAGAUGCCUGAAGCUCCGUUCAUAGCUGCUAAAGACAAGCACAAGAGGCAAGAGAUAAAUGAGAGAGUAGACGCUGUGACACUGCUAACUACUGGACAGACUCCUAAACAGCAGCUCCUCAAACAGGAGAUUCAGAGAGAUUCACGAGAGCUCAAAGUGGGAGGUGAAGUUGAAAAGACUGCUGCUGGAAUAGCUGCAAAACAAGAUGCACAGAGGCAGGUGACCAAAGAGCCAAUAGAAGCAGAGAAGUCACCAGCUUCAGCAGUGACCUCCAAAGUUGAACCUGAGAAGCAGGAAUCCAAGAAGAGAGUUGAAGUUCUUCCAGUCAUAUUCAUUCGAGACCUGGAGAGCCAGGAGGCUGAGGAGGGAAGUAGUGUCACUCUGCACUGUGAGCUUUCUAAACCUGGACUCCCUGUCGAGUGGAAGAAGGAAACUCAAGUCCUGGCUUGUGGAGAAAAGUACCAAAUGAAACAAACAGGAUUCAGUUAUGAGCUACAGAUCUUCGAUUUGAGACCUGGGGACACAGGAAGCUACUCAUGCUGUUCAGAGGACACAAUAAGCUCAGCCUCUCUUAUAGUAAAUGCUGCCCCAGUUAUUUUCACAAAAGAGCUGGAAAGCCAAACAGCUGAUGAGGGGGACAGUGUAACGCUGCACUGUGAGCUUUCUAAACCUGGUGCUCCUUUGGAGUGGAGGAAAGGAGAACUUGGUCUUUGUCCUUGUGCCAAGUAUGAAAUUAGACAAACAGGACACCUGGCUAUGCUAGUAAUCCAUGAUGUAGACCCAGAGGAUUCUGGGAGGUACACAUGUGACACUGGUGACCGUCAAAGCACUGCACAACUAGCUGUGAAGGCCCAGCCUGUCCUUUUCAAAACCCAGCUGCAGAACCUUGAAAGACAGGCAGGGGAGAGCGCUAGUCUUCGCUGUGAGAUUACAAAACCGGGAGCCAGUGUGGUCUGGAGGCGUGGUGACAGGGUGCUGGCAUCAAGCAGCAAGUAUCACCUGAAACAGGAAGGAACCAUAGUCGAGAUUGUCAUCUGUAAACUGCAGGGAGCUGACUCAGGAGAAUACUCCUGUGAUACAGGCAGUCAGAGGACUUCUGCUGUCCUCACUGUGCAGGAGGUCGAGGUUAACAUACUGAAAUUCUUGGAGAGCUGCGUUGUAUACGAGGGUGAAGAUGUCCACUUUGAAUGUCUGGUUUCUCAUGAGGAGGCACCUCUGGUCCAGUGGAAACUCCAGGACGUCCCACUACAGAAUAAUGAAAUGAACCUGUUCAAGACCGAGGGCCGGGUACACAGCCUCACACUCAGAGGCGUCACAAGAGCUGACUCAGGAACUGUCACUUUCACAGUGGGUAACCACACUUCCACUGCUUCUCUGACAGUCAGAGCUGCACCUGUAUUAUUCAACAAGGAGCUGGAAAGUCAAGAGGCCACAGAAGGAGACAAGGCCACCCUGUCCUGCGAGACAUCCAGCCCUGACUGCAAGGUGACCUGGCUGAAGGGCUCAACUGUGCUCACCCAUGGGGAGAAGUACAGUAUGGAGCAGAGAGCUACCACUCACAUCCUGGUCAUACACAAGCUGAAUGUGAAGGAUAGUGGAGAAUAUACCUGUGAUACAGGGGACAAGAGAAGUACUGCUUCCCUAACUGUGAAAGAGCAUGUGCGCAUCAUCCGAGAACUCUGCGAUAUUACUGUGACCACUGGGCAGGAUGCCGUCUUUGAGGUCGAGUUGUCACACUCAGGUGUGACAAACGGGGAAUGGUGGCUUGGAGACAACCUCCUCCAAAAUAAUGAUCUGAAUCAAAUGAGCAGCCAGGGCAGAGUGCACCGUUUGGUCCUGAAGAUGGUAACCACAGAUGAAUCAGGGGAUGUUGUCUUCGUAGUGGGAGAAGAGAAGAGUGUGGCCUGUCUACUGGUGGAGGAGAAACCCAAAGUGCUAAUACUAGAGAAGCCACACAACACUGUGGCAUUAGAGGGUGAAACUGUCACUCUGGCCUGCACCAUCUCUGACCCCAAGGCCACUGUCACCUGGAUCAGAAACGAUGUGGCCAUCCAAGCAGGUCUCAAGUAUGACCUGAGGAACAAUGGAGCAUCCCACCAGCUUCAUAUCCACAACCUGGGGCCUGACGACUCAGGAACGUACACCUGUGACACUGGAGAUGCACAGUGUGACGUCACCUUGAAUGUGAAAGGUGCCCCAGUGGUCUUCCACAAAGAGCUCAAGAACCAGGACGCCAUAGAGGGUGAUGAUAUUACCUUGCACUGUGAACUGUCCAAGCCAGGUCUUCGUGUUGAGUGGAGGAAAGGAGGCAUGAUCCUACAGCCUGGUAAGAAGUAUGAGAUGAGGCAGGAAGGGUGCAUUCAAGAGCUCUGUAUACGGAACCUGGAGCCUGAAGACAGUGGCUACUACACCUGUGACGCAGGAGACCAGCUCACUACAGCUUCUUUGGCAGUGCAAGUGAAAGAAGUCUUCAUUGUGUGUGGUCUUAAGACCACCGACGUCUUUGUUGGGGAAUGGGCAGCCUUCUCUUGCCAGCUGUCUGGUAGGGCACCUGGCAAGGUGCAGUGGUGGCUGGAUGGCACCUUGCUGGAGAACAGCCCCUUUAGCAAGAUAGGGCUGAGCCAGGGCCACAUCCACACCCUCACCUUAAAGAACCUGGCCACAGAUGACUCUGGCACUGUCACGUUCAAAGCUGGCAGUUUAACAUCAACAGCCAAGCUCUUAGUCAAAGAUCCCACAGUUGAAGUGGUGAGCGAGAUGGAGGACCUUCGGGUGGUCGAAAACCAACCAGCUGAGUUCAUCUGCCAGUACUCAAGGCCGGUCAAGGCUCAGUGGAAGAAAGACGGGCAGCCAUUGCAGCCUGAUGGCCGAAGGGUGGUAGUGGAGCAGGACUGGAAUGUGGCUCGCUUGUACAUUAGCCAUGUGUCCGCUGAGGACAGGGGCACAUACUCCUGUGAGGCAGAGGGGACCUGCGUGGUUGCUUCACUUCAUGUGGAAGUCAAAUCCAUUGACAUUGUCCAGGGCCUGGAGAAUGUAGAAACCUUUGAUGGAGGUGAAGCACUGUUUGAGUGUGCCCUCUCUCGUCCUGAGAGCAAAGAUUGCUGCUGGCUUCUUGAUGGGAAACCAGUGAAGGAAUCCCCUAAUGCUGAGAUUGUGUCAUUUGAGAAUGGUCGUCGUCAUCUGCUCCUGCUGAAAGAGUUGCGUAUCAAAGAUAGUUGCACAGUGAGCUUCAGAGCUGGCACAGCAUCCACAUCUGCCAAACUCUCUGUCAAAGGCUGGCAGCUGGACAUUGUGAAGGGUCUUGAGGACAAGGUGGCUGCAGUGGGAGAGAAGGUUGAGUUUUGUGUUGAGCUCACUGAGCCUGUCCCUGUGGCAGAAGUAGCCUGGUAUGCUAAUGGAGUUGAGAUCAAGUCCAGUGACCUCUGGGCAAUGAGGGCUGAUGGCUGUUCUUAUCACCUUGUCCUGAGACAGGCACCUCUUUUGCCACAGCAGGAAAUUACGUUUGCUGCUAGAGAUGCUCUCUCUUUGGCCAAGCUCACCAUCAUUACUGUACCUGAUCCUUCAGAGGAUCCGGAGGUCCUCAGUAAGACUGAACAGUCUGUCACCCUCUCUUGGUUCACUCCACUACACGAUGGAGGGAGUCCCAUUCUGGGCUACAGAGUGGAGAUGCGGCUAGUAGACAGUGCCCUCUGGCUUCCAUGUCAUUCUGAACCUGUGUGCAACACAGAGUUUGUAGUUGAAAAUCUCAUCCCAGGGAGUGGCUACAGGUUUAGAGUGGCAGCCAUCAACAGAGCUGGGACUGGAGAGCCUGUUGAGUUGCCUCAGACUGUGCAGCUCGAGGCACCCAUGCAGCCACUAAUUUGUCCAGGGAUAGAGGCAAAACAGGUAGAGACUCAGAUACUGGGGCAGCCCAGUCUGCCUCCAGAAGCUGCUGAAGAAGGUGAUGUCCAUGAGCUGUGGGAAGAAUUGGCCAAGAAACGGCGCAUGAGUCGAGAACCCACCCUGGACUCUAUCUCUGAACAGCCUGAGGAGGACGGUAAAGGUGGUCAAAAUAAAUCAGGACAGAAGGAGCUGAAGGCGUCAGAGAAAGUGCAAAUAAAAUCAGGAGAGACGGAGCAGGCCAUUGUGUCUAAGAAGCAGACAGAGUCUAACUUGUACACCAGCUCUGAGGAUGAGUCUGUUUCUGGGGGUUCAACGCUUGUGUCCUACCUGAAGAAGAGCAGCAAAUCUACUGUCACAGCCAGCAAUGAGGCAGAGACCCUGACCACUGACAGGUUCUUUGCACAUUUCCAGAUGGCAGAACAGAGAACAGUGCAGCAGACCGAAGUGAAAACAAUCACAAUUCAGCAGACAGAUGAAAAACAGGUGUCUACAGAGGAGACUAACAUCGUGGAGAUCAGUAAAGAGGAUGAGCCUGAGCUCAGAGAGGCUGCCAUUAAGAUUCAAGCUGCCUUCAAGGGCUACAAAGCCCGCAAAGACAUGCGCCCUGUCUUUAAAGAGACCUUCAAAGACCAGACCAAAGAACCUUCUGGCACCAUACAUCUAGAAUGUGUGGCAGAAGGUAAACCUGAUAAGGUGCAGUGGCUGAAGGAUGGAGAACCACUGGUGGAUGGCAAGCACCACCAUAUUGAUAUCUACAAUGAUGGUACUUGCUCACUGGUUAUCACUGCCAUCACCACAAAGGAUACUGGGGUUUACACUUGUGAGGUCACCAACAAGUUUGGAGUCUCUUCUCACAGUGGUAAGGUCACAGUAGGAACGGUGAGAGAAUCAUCUGGGCGACGGCCACUGACCGUGGGCUACAGUGCCGACAGCGAGGCUGAGAGCUCCUCAGGUAGUGAGAUGGAUGACUCACUUAGGCAGGCAAGCAGACGUCUCCGGCGCCUGUUACGCACACGUCUCCCACCAGAUGUUGAGGAAGAACCAUUUGUCAGCGCAGAUGAAGGCGACCUGUGUCCCCCAGAUCCCCACUCUUACCGGGAGGAUGACAGUUACAUCUACAUUCGCUUUGACUCAUGGGUAGAGGCUGAGGUUGCCUCAAAGAGGUUCCAGGAGAUGUUUACAAUCCAUGGGGUUCCUGUGGAGACCACCAUCCUGGAGGCAGGGCCUCUCAAAGUGGAGCUGCGAAUUAGAAAGAUGGGCUACACGCAAGAUGGUACACAGACCCCCACACAAGAUAGAAAGCCUCCUGCAUUGAUGGCUGGAGCCCCGGCUGCCCCAGUCUUCUUGACAGAGCUACAAAGUCAGGAUGUUCCAGACGGUUAUCCAGUCAGCUUUGACUGUGUUGUGAUUGGCAAGCCCCCUCCCACCGUUCGUUGGUAUAAGGAUGGCAAAUUGCUGGAGGAGAAUGACCAUUACAUGAUCAAUGAAGACCAGGAGGGUUGCCACCAACUCAUCAUUACCACUGUACUGCCCACUGACAUGGGUGUCUAUCGUUGCACAGCUGAAAACAGCAGCGGCAUCACAGCCACUAAGGCUGAACUCAGGGUUGACAUGUCUUGCAGCUCAGAUUAUGACACUGCUGCUGAUGCCACUGAGACAUCCUCUUAUGUCAGUGCCAAGGGCUACAUGUCCAGGGAAACCGAGACAUUUGAGUCUGUAGCUGAAGAUGAUCAACUACCACAAAUUGUGGAGGAGCUUCAUGAUGUCCAUGUCAGUCCAGGUUCACCUAUUGCUAAAAUGCAGCUCAAAGUAAAGGGCUUCCCCAAACCCAGAGUAUACUGGUUCAAAGAUGGCCACCCUCUGCGACCUUCAGAAAGGACUCUGUUGCUCGUAGAGAGAGAUGUUCAUGGCUUGGAGAUCCUGGGGGUGAAGAGAGAAGAUAUGGGGGAGUACUCUGCUUACAUCAGCAAUGUAGCUGGUUCUGCUUACUCCUCCGCCCGACUGAUAGUUCUGAAUCCAGGUGAGAUUAUGCCACAAGAUAAAAGAGACCCCAAAGAGCCCCUGGUGCCACCCCGCUUCCUUGAAAGGUUCAGCAACAGGAAGGUGAAACAAGGGGCCAGCAUCACUCUAUCUGUCAAAGUAGAAGGGUCUCCCACUCCUAUGGUCUCCUGGCUAAAGGAGGAAUCAAUGGAAGAUGUGCUGUGGAUCAAGCCCGAUACCAAGGGAUACAAAAUAGCAAGCUCAGGGCGCCAACACAGCCUCAUUUUGAUGGAUGUGGGCACAGAAUACACUGGCGCCUACACCUGUAUUGCAACAAAUAGGGCAGGACAGUCCAUCUGCACUGCCCACCUUGAGGUUGAUGACACACCACAACCAAAGAAAGAGACCAAAGCCUCAGAGGUUCUUGGGAUUACAGUUAGUCCUCCAGAGGAGGAGGCUAGCAGAGGAAAAGAGGGUAAAAUACCCUACCUAGGUGAAGUAGGUACAGAGGAAUUCCUCAUGAAACUCACCUCCCAGAUCACUGAAAUGGUAUCAGCAAAGAUUACGCAAGACAGUUUACAGAAUCAUGACGUGCUCCAGUGGAUGAAAUCUUGGCCCAAAACUACCACUUCAUUACGCGUACCAGGUGUUGACAGUGAUGAUGAGACCAAGACUCCUUCUCCAUCACCUCAUCAUGGUCGCUCUCGUCCUCCCUCCCUCAUUGCUGACUCCUCCUCUGAGUCUGAUGAGGGCGAUGCCAGGGGAGAGAUGUUUGACAUCUAUGUGGCAACGGCUGACUACAACCCCACCAUGGCAAGCAAAGAAUCCAUCCCUCUAAAGGUUGGACAGUAUGUUGAGGUUUUGGACUCAGCUCAUCCACUCAAAUGGUUAGUCCGGACCAAACCCACCAAAACUACACCAUCCCGCCAAGGCUGGGUCUCACCUGCCUACCUGGACAAGAAACUCAAACUCUCUGCUGAUACGGGUGACCUCCCAGAGACAAGUGUAGAGGAGGUGUCUGAGGGUGAAUACAAGAGGAAAUUAUUCCAACUGAUCCAAGACCUGAUAAAUAGUGAAUCGGAGUUUGUAAAAGAGGUAGACUUCUUUACCUCCCAUCACCUGAAGCAUGCAGACAGCCCUGAUGCACCACCUGAUGUCAGCAGCCAGAAGGACGCCAUAUUCAGGAACAUUGAUGAUAUCAAGUCCUUCCAUAGCAAGGCUUUCCUCCCAAAGCUGAACGACUGUGACACAGACGAUGAUGUAGCCAUGUGUUUCCUGAAAAACAAGGAGGGCUUUGAGAAGUACCUCCAGUAUCUUGUUGGUCAGGGUCAGGCAGAAUCUGCUGUCAGUGACAAGACCAUCCACCGCUUCUUCAAGGAGUACACUGAGAAAGAGCAAGCCAGCGCAGACCCUGCAGAUCCCCCUGUACGCAGCAUCAACGCCUGCCUCCAACAACCACUGGAGAGGAUUCAGAAGUACAAGGCCAUCCUCAAGGAGCUCAUUCGAAACAAGGCAAGAAAUGGCCAGAACUGCUGCCUACUGGAAGAAGCGUAUGCCAUGGUGUCUGCUCUCCCUCAGCGCUCUGAGAAUACCCAUCAUGUCUCCAUGAUCGAGAACUAUCCUGCCACACUGGAAGUAUUAGGAGAGCCAAUUAGACAGGGACCCUUCCAAGUGUGGGAAGGGGCUCCAGGAAUUCGGACGUCCUCUAGAGGUCAUCACCGCCACGUCUUCCUGUUUAAGAACUACUGUAUAAUCUGCAAACCCAAGAGAGACAGCAACACUGAUACACAAGCAUAUGUCUUUAAGAACAUGAUGAAGCUGAAUAACAUUGAUGUGAAUGAGACAGUGGAAGGUGAUGACCGUGCCUUUGAGAUCUGGCAUGAACGCGAGGACUCUGUGAGGAAAUACACCUUGCAGGCCCGAACUGUUACCAUCAAGAACUCGUGGCUGAGAGACCUCAGAGAACUGCAGCAACGAUACAGCAUGCCUGCAUGGAGUCCUCCUGAUUUUGAUGAAAUUCUGGCAAACUGCACAGCAGAGCUGGGACAGACUGUUAAGCUUGCCUGCAAAGCCACUGGAGUACCCAAACCUGCAGUCACUUGGUACAAGGAUGGACGUACUGUGGAGGCAGAUCCUCAUCACAUCAUCAUUGAGGACCCUGAUGGUUCCUGCACACUGAUCUUGGAUAACAUGACAGCGGGUGAUUCUGGCCAGUACAUGUGCUUUGCCACAAGCCCAGCUGGAAAUGCCAGCACUCUUGGCAAGAUCACUGUUCAGGUGCCUCCUCGUUUUGUGAAUAAAAUAAAGAAUGCUACAUUUGUUGCCGGUGAGGACGCUCAGUUCACCUGCAUCAUACAGAGCGCCCCCAGCCCCAAGAUCAGGUGGUUCAAGGAUGGCAGACUGCUGACUGACCAGGAAAAGUAUCAGACCUACAGCGAGCUCCGUAGUGGGGUUCUGGUCUUGGUAAUAAAAAACCUGACAGAGAGAGACCUGGGACACUAUGAGUGUGAGUUGUCCAACCGUCUGGGCAGUGCCAAGUGUGCUGCUGAUUUAGUUCCACCCUCUGCUGUGGCUCGCACUGGUGAGCAGGCCAUCACUAUUGAAGUUACUGAGCAGGAGACUAGAAUACCAAAGAAAACCAUCAUCAUUGAGGAGACUAUAACCACUGUGGUGAAGAAUCCACGUAUGAGGAGACACAGGUCCCCUGGUUUGACUGUUGCAGGAGCCCCCCGCUCGGAGACCUCCACCCCAGAGCCCCCUACAGCGAGGCCGAGGAGGAUGCCCGCUCCAAGAAAGACCACCAUCCCAACCCUCUAUGUUACUGAACCUGAGCGGGCUGAAGCCAGGGCCAUGGAGAGCAAGCCCAGGUGGGUUGAGGUAGAGGAGGUCAUCGAGUAUAAGGUCAAUAAAUCCCCCAGGCUGCCCAGGAGGAGAGGCAUCUCACCAGCAGGGUCUGAUCGUGCAGCCACUCCCUCCAGACCCAAAAGGUCUCCACUGGAAAACCCAAAUUCUAACAAUUCCAACAACAAGCUGGUGGAGCAGGCCCAGGCCCAGCUGCAGGGAGACGUCAGCAGCCAGCCACUCUCCUGGGAAGAAGAGGAGGGUAAUGUUACCUCUGAUUCUGUCUCUGGAAUCACCGGAGAGCCACAUGAGCUCUCAUCUGUCCUCACUCCAGCUGGAGAGGACAGCGAGGACCUGGAUGAUCAACAAACUGUCAUCUUUGAACCCGAUGAUGAAGAUAAUGAUCAUAACUCGUUUGGAAAGCAGGAGCAUCAGAUUCUGACACAAGGAGGCCAUGUCCUGACCCUCGAAGACUUGGAGGACUACAUCCCAGAAGAAGGAGAGACCUACGGCUCCUCCAACACCCACAACCCUGCUGCAGAAAAGCCCUGUGAGAUCUCAGUGCUCCAGAGGGAGAUCGGUGGGUCCACAGUGGGACAGCCAGUGCUCCUCAACGUGGGGCGGCCUGUCGUGGUCCCGAGGCAGAGGAGCAGCUUCUUCGGUCGCUUCAGGGAGCAUCUCUCCAGCAGCCUUUUCUCAUCUGCUGUCCCUCAAGCCAGUGGAGCCCGGUCCAGGACGGAAAGGCACGUCCCCAUACAAGUGAGCCACGCAAAGCUGGAAGUGAAGCCUUCAUACUGCUCAGAGGUGCAGAGGGUUGAGGGUGGGCAGCAGAGCUUUAAAACCAAAGUGUCAACUCAGACCUACGGCUACACAUCAGUGGGCAACCCAGUCACUCUUCAAAUCAGUGAUAACCUGUAUCAGAACCAGUAGUAGCAAUUUGGUACCACAAACCCUCUUAGUCUUAAAUGGGGACAUUUCUACUUACAUGAUGAAUAAGACAUAUCCUAACCUGAAGUAUAUUUACUGCAUUUGACAAACCAUUCCAUUUUGAAGCUGCCCAUCAGAAAAUAGGCUCUAAGUCUUUUUCUUGACAAGUGGUUAGUCAGAUGGUCUCUUUAGACGAGGCGAGUUGGAAAAUGUAGGUAUAACUAUGUCACUGUAAGUCAGAACUGCUUGGUUACAACUGCUUUAUGACAUAUUCAGUAUGUGUUGUACAAUAUACACAGUGGACAGAAAACAAGAAAUUAAGGUUUGACAUUUUACUGAUGAACAAUUUCAUCGACUGUUGAGCUGAAUUUUGUAAAAAAAAAAAAACAAACAAAAAAACCCCAAAAACAAAACAUCACGUUUCACUUAUACAUACCUUUAAGAGAACAGGAAGCUACUAAUAUUAACUGUUCCAGGCAUUAUCAUUAGUGUUGACUCUUGCUAUAUACAUAAACAAAUAGUUAUACAGUAUAUAGGUAUAUUGUAUUUUCGGUUUUACUUUUGUAUUUUCAAGAAAUGUUGCCUUUUGCACUUUUGCAGUGCCUUGGAUUCCUGAAGCAGCAAAUGUUGGAGUUAAUGACUAUUAAUGAGGUCAUGUCCACAUGUUUCUACUUCAGUAUUACUAUCAGUUCAUUUAAAUAUGCAAGACCGAUUAUGUAAAAUUAACAACAGAACUUUGGUGACCAUUAUGCUCCAAGGGCUGUUCAAGUUUAAUCAAAGAUGUGUGGUCAAAUUAUAGCCAGUUUGGCAGAAGUUCUCUACUACGUUGGUUGUUUGUGAACGAUUUAUUGGUGAGCAGCUUAUAAAAAAUAUGACAUUUCUACAAGCAAAUAAUUUUGUUGGUGAACCUGUUUCACAUCAGAUCUCUAUAUUUGACUGCAUUUACAUCAUUUAUUAUUGUGAAACAUGUUUCUACCAUUAAUUGUGAACUGAAUGUUAUACUCAGCUUUUUAGACAUUUUUGUGAAUACACAGGAUAUCACAGGGAUAUUGAUAUGCAAGUGUUAGAUAUUUAGAUGAGUGACUGCAUGUAUUUGCUUUUCCAAAGCAGAUGUGUUCAUCCAGAGUAACCAGAUCUGUAAUGUCGUAUUUGAUUGCAAGCAGAUGUUUAUGCAAAGGACGUGAGCUCACAGAAUUUACUACUUUCUCAAUGCUAUUUAAAAAAGUCACUAGAAUACAGUAUCUGCCCCCUUAAAGAUUUGUGGUGUUUGUGUUGUUUUUAAAAAAGGUAUUUCAGUCAGUUACAAGGAUCAUGUUAUGUAUUAAUAUUAAAGCACUACCAGAUUGUAAUUGCUUGUACUGUACAUGUUUAGUUUUUGGAAAGAUGUUUGAGUAGUCAGCGUUACGUCUGAAUUAAAUAAAUGUACUGCAAAUAACUA